CACAUUGAAGUAGUAUAAUGACGAAACCAAAACAAAUAUUUGUGAAAACUAACUGUUCUCGUUCUUUUCUGUGCCCGUGCCAUAUUGUGUUUAAAUGUCAAAUAUUGUAUGAGUUGAAUUUAUGCGUGUUCAUAAAUUCAAUAUGCGGUACAUGAUCUGGACAGACCCUCGUUAAUGAACGGAGAAGAUAUAAAUAUUUUUUUUUUUGCAAUUAAGAACUGUAAUUAGAUAAAAUGGCCGAGAAAAAAAAUUCGUGUACAGGACUGAAGAGGGAACACUCUGGGUCAAGUCUAAACCAGGAUCUGAAGAAGAAGAAAGAAGGGGAGAAGAUUUUUGGAAUUAAGAAGGAAGAUGAGAAGGAGGAGAAGAAGAUCGUAGUCAAGAAAGAAUGUAAAGAAGAUAAUGUAAAAGUGAAGUUGGAACCCUGUAAAGAUGAAAAGCUGAAGUCAAAGAAUGAAGAUAACACCGUAAGGAACAACCAAGGACAGCAUGGGGAACCCUCUGCUCUGGAUUGCAUAGAACCUGUUAUUGACGGAGCAGAAAUCCAAUCUCCGGGUGUGGUAGGAGAUAAGGUUGGAAGGAUUCAGGAGAUGGACCCUGCUCCUGAGGAUUUAACCAGUAUUUCUAACGAUCACGUCAUUAAUUCUGAAAAUGAGACGGUUAUUCACCAUCACAAGAAAUGUGACAAUCAAGAAAACUUCAACAAUGCUAGCCAGGUUCAGAUUGAGAAACGAUUAGAAUCUGAUUCUACAGUGAGAGAAACAGUGAAUCAGGUUGAGGAUGUAAGCUGUGCUGGUAGCGGAGAAUCCGGAAGGUUGGAUUACCUGCAGAGGAAGCUUGGAGAUAAUCUUUGUUUCUAUGAUAAUACGGCAAUGGGAGCCGACACAGGAGAGAUGAGAGUUAAUUCGUACGGAGAUGAAAAUAAAACCGAGAAUAACUAUAGAAUGAGACUAACCCAGAACUAUAACAGAGAAGGUUCAAGUGUUCAGAUUGGUUUUCAUCAGGAACAACAAGUUUAUGGAGAAGGUCCGAGUGUUAAAAGUAACGACGCUGCUUUUGGACGAAACAUGUACGGAAAUAUUACUCAUGAGCAGAAUGUUUAUAGAGAAGGUUUGGGUUCUAUGGCCUUUUCCGGAGAAGGUUCGAGUAAGCAGAAUACUUAUGUUGCACGGAACAUUUACGGAAAAGGAAUAAGUACCGAGACUUAUGCUUCUCAGGAGAAUAUAUUAGGACGUAACAUAUUUAGGGAGCUUUCCCUAAAUAGAGCUGCUCCUCAGGAGCGUAACAUUUACGGAGAAGGUCCUAGCUCUAGGAGUAAUACUUCUAUUGAUAAACGACCCAUUUAUGGGAUAAGAGAUGGGAACCAAUAUGGAAGAUUUACAAGUGCAAAGUCUACAUUUACAGCUGAAGAGUUGAAUAUAUACGGAGAAGGUUCCAGUUCUCAGAAUAAAACUACUGCUGAAGAACGGAAUAUUAACGGAGAAUGGCUGAGUACUCCGCACUUAACCACUGCUGUAGAAGGGGACUUAUACGGAGAAGGUUCCAGUUCUCAGAAUAAAACUACUGCUGAAGCUCGGAAUAUUUACGGAGAAGGUUUCAGUUCUCAGAAUAAUACUACUGCUGAAGCUCGGAAUAUGUACGGAGAAGGUUCAAGUUCUCAGAAUAAUACUACUGUUGAAGAAGGUUCCAGUACUAAUAAUAGAAUUACUACUGAGGAGCAGAGGAAUCACGGAGAAGUUUCUAGCACCAGGAUUAGAACAAACGAGGAAGCUUUAGAAGAAAGGAGUAAAUCGACAACUGAGGCUGCUAAGAAUGCCCUGAAAUCCCUAGAACGUGAUGGAUACGAUGGAUAUAUUCCUGUGUAUGGAACUGGAACCUAUGCUGUGAUCAGAGCUCUUUACAGUGAGAAACAGGCUGCAGACGACAAAGGGUAUCUGUACAAGCGAGAGAUUCUGGUGCGUUCACAGAUCUUUUUCCCUUUCGUCGCGAGCAAGACAAGCCUCUUCUCCAUCGAGAGUAGCAUCAGUCUGAAAAGUCCGUUGAUAAAGCGUGGAUUGGUUCUAAGAUGGGGAUCUCCGUAUGUCUACGCCUUGUCGGAGAAAGGAAUAAGGUUGGGCAAGUACCUGGAGGAGGCUUAUGGGAUUCCAGAGAGAGGAGGUCCUGGGGCAGCAUUCUUUCCGUACUGUCAAGCUCUUGGUUUCAUCUAAGACUUGUCCAUGAUUCAAACCUGAACUAAUUAUGGACAAUAUCUCGUACAUUUAUUUUUGACGUUAUUUUUAAAUUGUUUGUUUUUUUCGUUCCAAGUUUUACUAUUAUCUUGCAACUUUUUUAUUUUGUUUAACCAUUUCGUAAAUUUGUUAAUUGAAAUCUUUAUUCGAUUUUUUGUCAGUUUGUUUUUACAUAAAUUGACCAUUCAGAAAAUUUGACAUUUAAUAUUGUGAUGAACCUAUUAAGUUUGCUAAUAGAUGAACCAGUAUCAUGUUGUGUAUUUACAAUUUUGUAGAUCAAUCUUGAAAAUGUUCUGCAGCGGAACUGAUAGAGUCUGAAAUCCAAGCAGUUCGAACGACAAGUGAACGCCAUGUUUGAAAUUUUCAAUUGUUUUCGAUUGAAUCCGUUCAAGACAGUUAUGAGACAGUUUGCUUAACAGUGUGGAUUAUUCCUCUCUAGUUUUCCUAUACAGUCAAUACG